ACCCUCAAUCGAGUGAAAAACUGAAAACCCCCCUCGAGAAAAUCUCCAUUAAUGGCAGCUUCCUAAAAUCAUAUCAAUUUUGAAUCUGUCUUCUUCACACCGACCACUUCUGAGAUGACUGUUUCUACAUGUCACACUGUUUUUGUCCUAAAGCAAAAAGCAGAGAAUAUUACUCCCUUUAUUGCGUAGGAUUUAUUCAUUUUCCUUUUAAUAUAAAAAUUAAUUUAUAAUUAUAAUAAUAUUCCUAGAUUGAAUUUCACGCUUCUAAAGCUUCAUCACUCUUACUCAGAUUUCAAAUCUUCUCACUUAAGCAAAGCUACACACGUAUCCUUUUCAGGUUUUACUUUAUAUAUUUUCAAAUCUGCACACGUCGUUUGAGGUUUUGUUACAUAUUUUUUCUAUUAUCAUACAUAUCUUCUUCACUCACUUGUCGAAACACGAUCUGAAACCAACCGGCUAGAAUUUGUUUCUUCAUAAACCGUUUGAGGUUUUGUUUACAUAUCUCAUCUUCUUGUAAACACUUUGUACGAUCCGAAACCAUCCAGCUAGAAUUUGUUUCUUCAUAAACUUGAAGGUGUUAAAACCUUUUAGUUUUUACAAUAAUAUAGAGGAGAAACUAUAUUACAUACACAAUGAUAUUCAGCUGCCGUAGGUAUUAGUGAUGUUCACAAGCAAUUAAUUCACACGGGAUUCAUAAUCAAUUCCUUGGUAAAAUCCUGAACAACCAACCGAGCUUUGUUUGCUAGUAAAAUCCCUGAACAACCAACCGAGCUUACAACCACAAUGGACGAGUCCGGGAGAUCGAAAUCAUGGACGGAGGCGGUCGGGAGGCCGGAAACAUGGGCGGAGGACAUCGGAAGGUCGAAAUCAUGGACGGAGGAGCUUGCGAGUCUAGUGGAGGACACCGGAAUACGAUACACCGGCGAGGAUCACACUAGCAGCAGCUUAUCGACGCCUUCGUUUGAAUUAAAGGCGGUUUUAGAAGGGGAAAAAGCGGAAUCGGAGAGUUUUAGGGAUCAGAUGAAAGGUUUUGCUAAAGCUUGGGGGGAAAUAGUGGUUGAAUUAGGUAAAGGAUGUAAGGAUGUUGUGUUGCAGAGUGUGUUGACUGAUGAUAGUUAUGUAGUGAAGAAAGUUAGAGGCCCUUGUAGAGUAGUUGUUGAAAAAUUCAGUGUGUUGAAUGAGUUUUUGCCCGAGGAUCGUGAUCCGGUGGUCGCGUGGCCGGUGAUAUUGUCCGUUAUUCUCGUCACUCUGUCAGUUUUAUGUGUGAAUAUUAAACACGAAAAUACACCCGUUCCACUUGUUCAACUACACGCUCCAAGCGCCACGCGUAUAUUACUUCCGGAUGGUAGAAACAUGUCGUAUCACGAACAGGGCGUUUCUGCAGACAAAGCUAGAUAUACGUUAGUCGCCGCUCAUAGCUUUCUGUCUUCUCGGCUCGCAGGAAUACCAGGGAUCAAACUGUCACUUUUGGAAGAAUUCGGGGUUCGAUUAGUAACUUAUGAUCUUCCCGGGUUUGGGGAAAGUGAUCCGCAUUCUAACCGGACUCUUCAAUCAUCAGCGAUGGAUCUUUUACACUUAACAGAUGCGCUUAAAAUCGAUAAGUUUUGGAUGGUUGGAUAUUCGAGUGGUGCUAUUCAUGCUUGGGCUGCCCUAAAGUACAUACCACAUAAAAUUGCAGGUGCAGUGAUAUUUGCUCCAAUGGUUAAUCCGUAUGAUCCGGUUUUGACGAAAGAAGAAAAGUUGGGAAUUUGGGAAAAAUGGACAAGAAAAAGGAAAGUUAAUUACUUUUUAGCGCGUCAAUUUCCGAGAUUUUUGAGAUACUUUUAUCGUCGAACUUUCCUUUCGGGAAAACACGGACCUAUUGAUAAGUGGUUGUCCGUAACUCUUUCGGAGCAGGAUAAAGUUGUGACUGAAGAUCCUAUAUUUAAAAAAUUCUGGCAAAGGGAUGUAGAGGAAUCAAUCCGACAAGGAAACGUGAAACCAUUUGUCGAGGAAACCGUUCUACAAGUGUCAAACUGGCCGUUUAGUAUAACAGAUCUACAAGUGCAAAAGAAAUGUCCCGAAAAAGGCUUGUUUCACUGGUUCAACUUCAUGUCUGACGAACCAGAAUGCGAGUUGGUCGGGUUUCUUGAACCAAUUCACAUAUGGCAGGGAAUGGAGGAUUUGGUGGUGCCACCUGUCGUGACCGAUUACGUGGCACGUGUACUACCGAAUGCUGUUGUUCAUAAAGUUCCGAAUCAAGGCCACUUUUCGUAUUUUUACUUUUGUGAUGAAUGUCAUAGAGAGAUUUUGUCAACCCUGUUUGGAGAACCUCAAGGUCCUCUUGAAGUCCUUGAUCAAGAAGUUAUAAAAGAAGAAGAAGAUGGUGAUGGUCAAAGUCAAACUACUUCAAUACUUCCUAACUAAACUCUCAGCCAUACUGGCUUUGACUUUGACUUUGACUUUGACUUUUGACCUUUUCCACAUAAAGAAAGUUUUUGAUUUCAAAGUAUAUACCUCACUGGUUGUCUGUUGACCUCAAUAGUUGAGUCCUUGCUCCUAUGAAAAGGUUUCUUGUUUUGCAACAACACAUGUUUUCAUUUAUAGUUUUGUUGUUAUAACAUUAAGGUUGAAACUCUAAUUUUACUAGAGUCAUGUUUGUUUG